AUGGCUCCCACCACAGGAACUCACAUCCGCGACAUCUCUGAAAACCCGGCAAAGAACGCGGUCACCUCUCCCACCGACCCCCAGUACAAGGCCGUCGACACUGACCGCAAGCUCAAGGUCUUUGGCGUCAUCGAGGCGUUCAGGAACGGCAAGCUCCCCAACAACGAGCAAUGCAUCCAGGCGCUCGACUAUGCCGUCGGCCACUCUCCCAUCAACGAGCGCAGGCUCUCCAAGGACGGUCAGACGCUCGUUGAGGACACCCGGAACAUCAUUCGCGUCUUGAAGGAGAUCGUGGCCGAGAAGAACGACGACGAGCUCUUCCAGAACUUCUUCUACCACACCCGCUCCGUCCGCCCGCCCUCGCUCGGCGAUGUCAAGAACGUCGCCGUCAACACCGACCGCAACCAGAUGCAGUCCGACGCGGACCAGGCCGUCACGCACCUGCGCACGCUCGGCAAGCUCAUCUUCACCAACUCGGAGGCGCGCAAGCUCCUCAAGGACAUCGGUCUCCUCGGUCGUGACGUCGCUGCUGACGCCGCCGUCAAGGCUGCCGAGGUCGCUCGCCCGGACCAGGACCAGCUCCGCCAGGUCGACGAGCCCGCGCCUUCGAACCAGUGGGUCGGCCCGAACGGUGAGGUCCGCGACCACACCGACCCCGUUCCCGACACGGGUCUCCAGGGCAUGAAGGAGGAGGCGUACCGCAAGAAGGACCAGGCGUACCAGGCCAAGGAGGAGGCCAAGGGCGAGUUGACGGACCGCGCGUCCAACGUCGCUUCCGCCGCCGACCAGGGCCAACAGUCGCAGGCUGGUCCCGCUACGGGCCACAUCGGCUCGGUUGGCGACGCCGCCAACGCUGCUCAGUCGACCGCGUACUCGGCCGCUCAGUCGGGCACCCAGUCGCACUCGACCGGCGGAUACUCGUCCGGCAACGGCCAGCCUCCGUACUUUGGCGGCGCCCAGUCCGCCGGCGCUGCUACGACCGGCUCUUCUCUCCACGCUCAGCCCGGCCAGACCCUCGCGACGAACCAGGGCGGAUACUCGGCGACCGACGGCUCGCUCGGCUCGAUGCACUCGACUCAGCAGGGCGGCUUCUCCUCUGCCCAGGCGCCCGGCUACGGCCAGACUCUCUCGACCACUGAGGGCAGCCUCGGCAACUCGCAGCCGAACCAGCAGCAGCUCGACGAGGGUCGCGCGCGCGCCCAGGCCGGCAAGGAUGCUGGUGUCGGUCAGGCCAAGGAGGAGGCGAAGGGCGUUCAGGACAAGCUGCUCCAAAAAAUCCCUGACGAGCACAAGGAAAAAAUCUCCAACCAGCUUGACAGGACCAAGGACUACCUCAACGACAAGUUCCCUCAGGAGCGUCGCGACCGCUUCAUCUACCGCUUGAAGAAGGUCAUCGUCGAGAACCAGCGCCACCAGGACUACCAGGAGGCGAUCGACUUCUUCCUCGACCGCGCCGAGCACUACCAGGUUCAGGCGAAGGAGGCGACGCGUCAGUCGGGCGGCACGGCCGGCACCGUCCGCCACGACAACGACUUCCAGCAGGCGACGACCGAGCUCCGCACCCUCCUCGAGCGCUUCGCCAACGGCCGCUCGAUGCAGCCCAUCUGGGACUCGGUCGACCAGCUCUACACUGACGCCCAGAACGAUGAGGGUCUCCGCUCGUGGUUCCGCGAGCUCGACCACUACAUCCGCCAGUGCCUCCAGGAGCCGGGCUACAUCAUGAAGGACGAGGCCGACCGCCGCGGCCGCGAGCUCAAGGAGUCGGGCAAGCACUACUUCGACCCCCAGAACGGUCGCUACUCGGGCCACAAGGACCGCUUCUUCGACGAGGUGCAGAACUUCUUCACGGCCUACGCCGACGACGGUCUCAACCAGCGUCUCGGCGAGGCUGUCAAGACUCUCGUUACGGACCUCUUCAUGGACAACGAGGGCAACCUCAAGUACAAGCCGCAUCUCUGGGGCGACAUUCGCAAGGAGAUCCUCCCGGCUCUCUUCCAGCAGAUUGGCUACGUGCCGAUUCCCAGGGCGGAGUACACGUCGAAGGAGGUCGACCUCGUCAUCGAGAACCUCACCCUCGAGACCGCCAACCUCCUUCCCAACAUCUUCGAGAUCGAGGCGCGCAACUACUGGAAGCUCUCGCCGUACGACAACCUCGGAGACGUUUCGAAGCACGCCUUCUGGAUCUCGUUCUCGCAAGUCCAGUGCGACCUCAAGGAUGUCGCUUUCUACAUCAAGAAGAAGACCGGCUUCCCUCGCCUCACCGACUCCGGCUACGCCGACGUGUUCAUCGGCGGCAAGGGUAUCUCCGGCAAGGUCCACGUCGAGUCGACCGGCCGCAAGCACCAUGCCUUCAAGGUCGUCGAGACCAAGAUCAAGAUCGACAAGCUCAAGUUCGCCGUCCGCGACGCGAAGCACUCGACGCUCAUCAACAUGCUCCGCCCUCUCGCGACUGGCCUCAUCAAGACGGCCGUCUCGAAGGCGAUGGAGGCUGCCAUCCGCGCCGGUCUCGAGCAGGUCGACAGCCAGCUCUCCGACUUGAGCGAGCGCCUCGAGGACGCGUCGAACCAGGAGGGCACCAACAAGAUCGACGCCCUCAAGCAGUCGUUCCGCGACAAGAAGGUCGAGGCCCAGGAGAAGAAGGAGAAGGCCAAGGCCGCUGCUCCCGACGGCCAGUUCGCCAUCACGCUCGACCCGAAGGACAAGCUCGUCAACUGGUCCGCGCCCGACUCGAUUGUCGACAAGGUCGCGAACCAGCAGCAGAAGGCGCGCAAGACGGGCGAGAUGGGCUGGGAGUCUCCCGCCUUCUCGAUCGUCGGCCCCGGCUCGACCUCGAACGCGCGCUCGUCGAACUACAACUACAGCCACGGCUCGGCCGCGCAGCCCGCGCACCAGCUCUGA